AUGAUGAAAAGGAGUCAGAAGAUAAACUUUCAAAAAAAAAAGGAGGGUACAUUUAAUCCGAAUGCUAAAUCUGAGAAAAACAUGAAACCAGAGACUGCAAAACAUAAUUCAGUGAAAAAGAACAUAAACUUUAAUCCGAAUACUCAAAUAGAGAAAAACGACAACAUUUAUCCGAUUGCUGAAUUUGAGAAAAAUACGAAACAUGAGACAACAAACAACGUUUCAGAAAACACCAAAGAUAAAUCUGAAAGAAAUGUAAAACAAGAGUCAGCAGAAACUGUUUUGGAAAAGAAGAUUAAAUUUAAUUCGAACGCUAAAUCUGAGAGAAAUUUAAAACAGGAGUCAGAAAAUAAUAUUUUAGGAAAUUUGAAUCAAAAUGAACAAUCUAAGAAAAAUGAAUUAGCUGACAAUGUUUCAGAAAACAAUGAGAGUAAAUUUCAUCCAAAUGAUGAACCUGAGAAAAAUAAGAAACGGGAGUCAGCCGCUUAUGCUUCAGAAAUCACAGAGAGCAAAUUUGACCCGAUUGAUAAAUUUAAAAAAAAUGUGAAACAGGAGCCUUGUGAUAAUGUUUUAGAAAAAAAGGACAGUAAAUUUGACUCGAAUGCUGACUUAAAGAUACAUAACUCAGCCGCUUAUGUUUCAGAAAAUACAGAGAGUAAAUUUGAGCCGAUGGAAGAGUCUGAGAAUAAUGCGAGCCAGGAGUCAGAAGAUAAUUUUUCAGAAAUCAUGGAUAGUAAAUUAAACAUGAAUGCUGACUCAGCAAAAAAUGUCAAACAGGAGUCAAAAGAUGAUGUUUCAGAAAACACGGAGAGUAUGCAUAACCCGUAUGCUGAAUAUGAGAAAAAUGUAAAACUUGAGUCCGCAGAUAAAGUUUCUAAAGACAUGGAGAGAAAAUUUAACCCGAAUGCUGACUCAGAUCAACAUGUGAAACCGGAGUCAAAAGAUAAUGUUUCAGAAAACACAGAGAGUAAAUUUAAUCAGAAUACUAAAUCCGAAGAAAAUCAGAAACAAAAAUCUGCAGAUAAUGUUUCAGAAAACAAUGAGAGAAAUUUUAAUCCAAAUGCUGACUCAGAGAAAAAUGUAAAACAGGAGUCAAAAGAUAAUAUUUCAGAAAACGCGGAGAGUAUAAUUAAUUCGACUGCUGCACAUGAGAGUAAUUCUAAACUAGAGUCAGGAGAUAGUGUUUCUGUAAACACUAAAAGUAGAUUAAAUGAAAUUGCUGAAAUUGAAAAAAAAUGUGAAACAGGAGUCAGCCACUUAUGUUUCAGAGAAUACAGCGAGUAA